GACUCAGGGCGGCUUACAAGUGCAAAAGAGUAUACAUACAAAAACAUCAAAUACCGAAAACACACUAAUAAUAAUAAUAAUAAUAAUAAUUUUAUUCUUGUACCCUGCCUCUAUCUCCCCGCAGGGAUUCAGGGCGGCUUACAAGUGCAAAAGAGUAUACAUACAAAAACAUCAAAUACCGAAAACGCACAAAUAAUAAUAAUAAUAAUAAUAAUAACAAUAAUAAUAAUUGUUAACAUCAGAAGAGGAAUUUUCCAGGGAGAUUCAUUGUCCCCUCUGCUUUUCAUUAUUGCCAUGAUCCCUCUGUCAACAAUCUUACAAAAAACAAAUCUCGGCUAUCAAACAUCUAAGAAUUCUCACAAAAUUUCAAAAUGUACAAACUGACAAGGGGAAUGCCACGGUAAUCAUGGAAAUAGAACAAUACAAAGAAAAAAAAAUCAGACAGCUUCUAGAUCCCACAAUUUACAAGAAACUGAAACAAGACCCUACUAACAAAAUCACCAGAAAAACGAACACUCUAAUCAAGAACUCCUCCAUUAACUUUGACGUACGGCAACAGCUGUGCAAAUCAGAAGCCCUUCCACCGAGGAUGCCUGCCAUAGAUGUGGGCGAAACGUCAGGAGAGAAUACUGAAAGACCUACAACAACCCUGGAACGCAAAGCCUUGAAGGCGCUUCCCGUGUUGACAAGCGCAUGGGCAAGCACCGUGGCAUAGACGCCCUUCGGCUUCCCUGGAGGAGGCGGAACUGGAACUCCCAGGAUUCUGUCGCACGGAGUUGAAGUGGCUCCAAAAUGCAUCAAGUCCACUGUGUAGAGCAGGCCUCGGCAAACGUUGACCCUCCAGGUGUUUUGGACUUCAACUGUGGGAGUUAGAGUCCAAAACACCUGGCGGGCCGAAGUUUGCCCAGCCCUGUUGUGAAUGCACUCUCGCUUCCCCAGGGAGAGCGAGGCCACUAUUUGUUUGCACAGCGGGGCAUUGCUUACGAUAGGGUAAAGGUGAAAGUUUUCCCUGACGUUAAGUCCAGUCGUGCCGACUCUUGCGGUCGGUGCUCAUCUGCAUUUCUAAGCAGAAGAGCCGGCGAUGUCCACAGGUUGUGUGGCCAUUGGUAUGACUGCAUGGAGCUCCGUUCCCUUCCCGCCGGAGUAUUGAUCUACUCACAUUUAGGUUGGCAGAAGCUGGGGCUAACAGCGGGAGCACGCCCCGCUCCCCGGAUUCAAACCUGACAACCUUUCGCUCUAUGUCCACCUACAAGAGAGCCACGCUGGACGAAGAGGAGCUGGUGGACGCCGCGGAGGGAGAGCUCUAUCCCAACGGCAUCCAGGUGAACUUCCGAGGCCUGCUGGGGGUCCGGAGCUGCUGGGCCCGCCGCCCUCCCCCCGAGAAGCGCCUGCUGGUCCUGACGGCCGUCCUACUGGCCGGGCUGCUGGCCUGCCUCUGCCUCCUGGCCGUCCAGUUCCGGCCCAGGCCCUGCCUGUCGGAGUCGUGCGUGGCGGCCUCCAGCGCCAUCCUGGCCUCGCUUGACCGCUCGGUGGACCCCUGCGAGGACUUCUUCCGCUUCUCCUGCGGCGGCUGGACCAAGGCCAACCCCAUCCCGGACGGCCACUCCCGCUGGGGCACCUUCAACAAGCUCUGGGAUCACAACCAGGCCAUCCUCAAGCACCUCCUGGAGAAUACGACGGCCAAUGUGUCGAGCGAAGCCGAACGGAAAGCGCAGCGCUACUACCAGUCCUGCAUGAACGAGAGCCAGAUCGAGGAGCUGAAAGCCAAGCCGCUGCUGGACCGCAUCCAGAAGUUGGGGGGCUGGAACAUCAGCGGUCCCUGGGAGGGGUCCGACUUCAACCAGACGCUGCUAGAGGUCAUGGCCCGGCACCACGCCUCCCCCUUCUUCGCCCUGGACGUGGCCGCCGACUCCAAGAACGCCAGCCUCAACGUCAUCCAGGUCGACCAGUCCGGGCUGUAUCUCCCCGCCAGGGAUUAUUACCUCAAUAAGACCCAGAACGAGAAGGUGCUGAGGGGCUACCUGGCCUUGAUGGUGCGCCUGGGGGCGCUGCUGGGGGGCCGCGAGGAGGCCGAGACGCGGCGCCAGAUGCAGGAGCUGCUGGACUUCGAGACGGAGCUGGCCAGCAUCACCGUCCCGCAGGAGAAGCGCCGCGACGAGGAGCAGAUCUACCACCGCAUCACGGCCGGGGAGCUCCAGGGCCUGGCGCCUGCCAUCGACUGGAUGCCCCUCCUCAACGCGGUCUUCUUCCCCGUGGAGAUCAACGCCUCGGAGCCGGUGGUGGUUUACGCCAAGGAGUACCUGGGAGAGGUGUCCCUCCUCAUCCAGAAGACGGACAGGCGUAUCUUGCACAACUACAUGGUCUGGCAGCUGGUGCGGAAGGGGGCCGCCUUGCUGGACCAGCGUUUCCAGGAAGCCGAGGAGAAGUUCCUGGAGGUCAUGUACGGGUCCAAAAAGGCUUGUUUGCCUCGCUGGAAGUUUUGUGUCACCGACACGGACAACAACCUGGGCUUUGCGUUGGGCGCCAUGUUUGUGCGGGCCACCUACGCCGAGGACAGCAAGGCCGCGGUGGAGGAGAUGAUUGCGGGGAUCAAGGCGGCCUUUGAGGAGAGCCUGGCCGGCCUGCGCUGGAUGGACGCGGAGACGCGGCGCUCGGCCCGGGAGAAGGCGGAAGCCAUUGCGGACCUCAUCGGCUACCCCAAGUUCAUCAUGGACCCCAAGGAGCUGGACAAGGUCUUCGCCCAGUACGACGCGGCUCCCGACCUCUACUAUGAGAACGUCAUGCAGUUCCUCAACUUUUCGGCCCGACUGGCCGCCGACCAGCUGCGGAAGCCCCCCAACCGCGACCAGUGGAGCAUGACCCCGCUGACGGUGAACGCCUACUACUCCCCCACCAAGAACGAGAUCGUCUUCCCGGCCGGGAUCCUGCAAAGCCCCUUCUACACCCGGAACUCCCCCAAGGCCCUCAAUUUUGGUGGGAUCGGCGUGGUGGUGGGCCACGAACUGACCCACGCCUUUGACGAUCAAGGCCGGGAGUACGACAAAGAGGGCAACCUGCGUCCGUGGUGGAAGAACUCCUCGGCGGAGGCCUUCAAGCGCCAGACGGAGUGCAUGGUGGCCCAGUAUGGCAACUACUCCCUCAACGGGGAGCCCGUCAACGGGAAGCACACCCUUGGGGAGAACAUCGCCGACAACGGGGGGCUCAAGGCCGCCUACCGGGCUUAUCAGAACUGGGUGCGGAAGAAUGGGGAGGAGGAGACCCUCCCGGCCCUGAGCCUCACCAACUACCAGCUCUUCUUCGUCGGGUUCGCCCAGGUCUGGUGCUCGGUCCGCACGCCGGAGAGCGCGCACGAGGGCCUGGUGACGGACACGCACAGCCCUUCCCGCUUCCGUGUGGUGGGCACGCUCUCCAACUCGAGGGAGUUCUCGGAGCACUUCCGCUGCCCCCCGGGGUCCCCCAUGAACCCCGCCAGGAAGUGCGAAGUCUGGUGAGGCUCCGUCUUUGCGAAGAUACCAAACUCCAGACUCGUGGGUGGCCUUGUGUAUAUCAUCUUCGUGGUAUAUCUGUCGUAUCCCAUCCUGCUUGGACCGUCACCCGUUCCCAAAAGGCUGGUAUUUUUAUGCAGGGAUGAAUAGACUCUUCUUGCCUUCGCUGGGAAAACCUCUCGAGAAAAGAGGACGGAACCCCACUCUGCUCACACCUUUGCAUCAUAGACACAGACACCAACGUAUAGAAAUAUUACUAUUUUUUAAGUCUUGCAGAACACUGGAAAUUUCAGGGAAAAGUGUAUAAAGUUGAAACGGAUCGGUAUUUAUUGCUACUGCUUUUCGUGUGUGGAUGCGCAAGAAGCCAAAGGGCGGCUGCCAGAAGCGGAAGACCCCAACUCCCUUCCAUCCUGAAGUGUGGAAAUCCAUGGCUUUGUGGACUACAACUCCCAGGGAGCGGGGAUUUGGGGGAGCCUCUCUGCAGGGGUGUCGUUUCCAAAAGGGACCUUCGGAUUCUUCACGUCCUUUGUGACGCCCAAGUGCCUCCGGCGUUUUCUCCGGCUGACGCUUCUCCUGUCAAUUUCCGCACGUCCAGCAAAAGAGACGGAAAGGCGGCUGUUAAGGUGGGCUCCAAACCCACUCCCCUGCGGACUCUCAGGUGCAAAAUACGGGUGGUUCCCAUCCCAGGCUCCCACAGAAUCGUGGCAAUUGUUCAUUUCUUCCUCCUCUUCCGGUAUCUGCCGUGACCCCAAAUUGGGGCUGAACUUCCAUUUGUGUCAAUGUCGGGAAUGAUGGACUAUUUCUCCCCCUUUUUAGCUUCGUUUUUCCACUUGGAAUUGGAAAUAGAACGAUGGUAAGGCUGUUUUUAUAUACAGUAGAGUCUCACUUAUCCAACAUCAACGGGCCGGCAGAAUGUUGGAUAAGCGAAUAUGUUGGAUAAUAAGGAAACAUUAAGGAAAAGCCUAUUAAACAUCAAAUUAGGUUAUGGUUUUACAAAUUAAAUAAAUAACAAAUAAUAAAUAAAACUUUAUUUAUAUACCGCCCUAUCUCCCGGAUGGGACUCAGGGCGGUUUACAGUCAUAAAAGCAACACAAACAUUACAUAACAACAUAAUACACAUUAUUAAACAAAGUAAAAUAAUACAAUUAUAACAAUAAAUCACACUUACAUGACCAGAUCAAAUUAAGCACCAAAACAUCAGGUUAUACAACAAAUUUGGCAGAAAAAGUAAUAAUAAUAAUAAUAAUAAUAAUAAUAAUAAUAAUAAUAAUAAUAACUUUAUUUUUAUAUCCCGCCCCAUCUCCCCGAAGGGACUCGGAGCGGCUUACGUGGGGUCUUGCCCGACAACAAUACAAUAACAGCAAUAAAACAAGGUCAGCAAUAAAACAAUGUCAUAUCAAUAAAAACAUAACAUCAAUGAACAGUUAUAAAAGUGAGCGCAUGGCAUAAAAUGGUAGUUCAAUAUGCAGCAAUGCUCUGUAGUAAUUACUGUAUUUACGAAUUUAGCACCAAAAUAUCACGAUGUAUUGAAAACAUUGACUACAAAAAUGCAUUGGAUAAUCCAGAACGUUGGAUAAGCGAGUGCUGGAUAAGUGAGACUCUACUGUAUAUAUAUGUAUAUGUAUAUAUAAUCUCGCAUUUAUAAAUAGAAAUCACUUAUAAGUGUUGCUAAGACAGUUCAAGUGGAAUUGUAAUGCCACAUGUGCAGUUUGAAAUCACUCAGAGUGAAUAAUAUAUACAGUAGAAUCUCACUUAUCCAAGCUAAACGGGCCAGCAGAAGCUUGGAUAAGCGAAUAUCUUGGAUAAUAAGGAAACAUUAAGGAAAAGCCUAUUAAACAUCAAAUUAGGUUAUGGUUUUACAAAUUAAGCACCAAAACAUCAGGUUAUACAACAAAUUUGGCAGAAAAAGUAGUUCAAUAUGCAGUAAUGCUAUGUAGUAAUUACUGUAUUUACGAAUUUAGCACCAAAAUAUCACAAUGUAUUGAAAACAUUGACUACAAAAAUAAUAAUAAUAAUAACUUUAUUUUUAUACCCCGCCUCUAUCUCCCCAAAGGGGACUCAGGGCGGCUUACAUGGGGCCGAGCCUGAAUAAAAACAAUAGCAAUAUAAAACACAACAAUAGACAAAAACAUGCACAAUUAUAAAAAUUUAAACAUUAGCCAGUAAAAACAAAUGACAAGAGCUAAUAAAUAUAUGAAUUAAAAUGGAGAGGUUGUAAAAGUAGGGUAAGGUAAGGUGCACCAUAUAAAUAUUGUAAACACGAAUAUGUUGGAUAAUAAGGAGGGAUUAAGAGAAAGCCUAUUAAACAUCAAAUUAGGUUAUGUUUUUACAAAUUAAGCACCAAAACAACAUGUUAUACAACAAAUUUGACAGAAAAAUUAGUUCAAUUCAUGGUAAUGCUAUGUAGUAAUUACUGUAUUUACAAAUUUAGUACCAAAAUAUCAUGAUGAAUUGAAAACAUUGUCUACAAAAAUGUGUUGGAUAAUCCAGAACGUUGGAUAAGCGAGUGUUGGAUAAGUGAGAUUCUACUGUACAUAUAUGUAUAUGUAUAUAUAAUCUCGCAUUUAUAAAUAGAAAUCACUUAUAAGUGGGAUUGUAAUGCCACAUGUGCAGUUUGAAAUCACCCAGAAUGAAUAUAUAUACAGUAGAAUCUCACUUAUCCAAGCUAAACGGUAUUGCUAUGUAGAAAUUACUGUAUUUACAAAUUUAGUACCAAAAUAUCAUGAUGAAUUGAAAACAUUGUCUACAAAAAUGCAUUGGAUAAUCCAGAACGUUGGAUAAGCGAGUGUUGGAUAAGUGAGACUCUACUGUACAUACAUAAUUUCACUUUACAGUGUUUACGUAUAUAGACAUAUGUCCUAUAUUAAUACGUUAUAUCUAUUUGUAAGUAUGUGCAUAUGUUUAUAGCUGCACUUCGGGCCGUUUCAGACUUCACCUUUGUGGCGCUAUGGUUCCACUUUAAAUAGCAAUCACUUACAAAUGUUGCCAUGGAUAUAUAAUGUUUUAUAUAUAUUUAUAAGUGAUUUUUACUCAGGCAAAGUUAAAAUACAGCAUGCAAGGCUACCUUCUUGAACCCGGUCCCGGGAAUGGAGAGGACUGCAUUCAGAAAUGCUUCUGCUACUGGAGGAGAAACAAAAAGGGAAAUAUUGCCACCAACUCUCCGAUCACAAAGGAUUUUUGGGGGCCCUUUGGCCUUCUUUGCCUAUAAAGGCCACGCUGGAAACUUCAGCACCGCAAUGUCUUUCCUAUACGUUUCCUCACAGAGUGCCUUGCCAAAGUGGAAUGGGAAGAAGCAUCCCAACACCCAAAGAAGGAUGGAAACGCCAAGAGAAGAGUGACAGGAUGCCAGCUUCCAGUGCCUUAAUGCUAGAGCUGCCCAUCACAGCCUUAAUUCUCCGCUUGCCAUAGAAAGAGACCCUAUUGCUUCAGUCAAACCCAACAUCUGGAUCACUGUCAGGGACGAUGGGAGAGGGAGUUCCAGGGGACAUUGCCCGGAUGUGUUACCAUGUCCCCGCAAGCUAGAGCUGAUAGAUAGGAGCUCACCCCGUCUCACAGAUUCAAACUGCUAACCUUCAGGCCAGCAACCCAACCUUCAGGCCAGCAGUACAGCCGGCACAAGGAUUUAACCCGUUGCGUCACUGCGCCUCUUUAGCAUUUUUGAUGAAAUCAUAUUUUCUAGCACAGCUAUCCUUCCUAGACCUUUGCCAUCUGUCCAGGUCUAUUUUUUAACAACGCCUCUGAAGCCAGGAAUAAAUUAAUAAUCUAAUAAUAAUAAUAAUAAUAAUUUUAAAAACAGUGUAUUCUCUUUUAAUGCUAUGCUUCCACUUUGGACGGCUAUGGAUCCCGCCGCCUGGGAUUUGUACUUUGCCAAGCUCUUCAUGAAACGGCAAAUCCCAGGAAUCCCAUAGAGGCCUAUUAUUAUUAUUAUUAUUAUUAUUAUUAUUAUUAUUAUGGGUCGUCAGUGUAUUUCCUGACGAUCCCACAUAUCCCUUCUUGCAACUGCAAAUCCCAGGAUCCAAUAGAAAUACCUAUUUUUGGUGUAUUUCCUUUCCUCUUUUUUCCUGGAGCCAAAAUACGUAGCAAUUAAUGUUACUGUUAUUGGGGUUGCUGUGACUUUUCCAGGCUGUCUGGCCAGGUUCUAGAAGCAUUCUCUUCAGAUAUUUCGCCCACAUCAGAGGUUGUGAGGUCUGUUGGAAACUAGGCAAGUGGGGUUUAUGUAUCUGUGGAAUGAUGGCCAGGGUGGGAGAGAGAACUCUUGUCUGCUUGAGACUAGUGUGAAUGGUGCCACUGGCAGGCUUGAUUAGCAUUGAAUAGACUUGCAACUUCAAAGCCUGGCUGCUUCUUCCCAACGAAGGAUUUCCCCAGGCAGGAAGGAGCCAGGCUUUGAAGCGGAAAGGCUAUUCAAUGCUAAUCAAACUGGCCAAUUGCAACAUUCACACUUGCCUUAAACAGACAAGAGUUCUUUCUCCCACCACCCUGAACAUUAUUUCAUAUAUAUAUAUAAAUAUACACACAGUAGAGUCUCACUUAUCCAACAUAAACGGGCUGGCAGAAUAUUGGAUAAGCGAAUAUGUUGGAUAAUAAGGAGGCAUUAAGGAAGAGCCUAUUAAACAUCAAAUUAGGUUAUGAUUUUACAAAUGAAGCACCAAAACAUCAUGUUAGACAACAAAUUUGGCAGAAAAAAUAGUUCAAUAUGCAGUAAUGCUAUGUGGUACAGUAGAGUCUCACUUAUCCAAGCCUCUGGAUAAUCCAAGCCAUUUUUGUAGUCAAUGUUUUCAAUAUAUCGUGAUAUUUUGGUGCUAAAUUCGUAAAUACAGUAAUUAUAACAUAACAUUACUGCAUAUUGAACUACUUUUAUGUCAAAUUUGUUGUAUAACAGGAUGUUUUGGUGCUUAAUUUGUAAAAUUAUAACCUAAUUUGAUGUUUAAUAGGCUUUUCCUUAAUCCCUCCUUAUUAUCCAAGAUAGUCGCUUAUCCAAGCUUCUGCCAGCCCGUUUAGCUUGGAUAAGUGAGACUCUACUGUAAUUACUGUAUUUAUUAAUUUAGCACCAAAAUAUCCCGAUAUAUUGAAAACAUUGACUACAAAAAUGUGUUGGAUAAUCCAGAACGUUGGAUAAGCGAGUGUUGGAUAAGUGAGACUCUACUGUGUGUGUAUAUAUAUAUAUAUGUGUGUGUGUGUGUGUGUGUGUAUAUAUAUAUAUAUAUAUAUAUAUAUAAACCCCCUUCUGAGGAUGCCUGCCAUAGAUGUGGGCGAAACGUCAGGAGAGAAUGCUUCUGGGACAUGGCGAGACAUCCUGGAAAAUUCACAGCAACCCAGUGAUUCUGGCCAUGAAAGCCUUCGACAUUAUUAUUAUUAUUGCCCUUUCUCUCUCUCUCUCUCUCAAAAAAAAGGACUCAAAGCCCCGGCUUGUAGUAAAACAAUGUAAUUGAAAGCCUGAAAAACAUACAAACAUUAAAAUAGGAUUAAAGGUUAUUAAAACCGAUUAAGAAACUAUUAAUGUUCAAUUUCCUUCAAGAAUUUCCUCCUCAAUGCGAAAUCAAGAAAAGGAGCUUAUAACUCAGGGGGAACUAUGAAUCCGAUCAGGCUCGGAUUGUUGGGAAAAUCCCAUUGGGAGAUUUUUUGUCUUCCAGGGCGAAACAUUGUAAUAUUUCCAUGCAAGGAGGAAAAGGAAGGGAAAAAAGCUUUAUUUUUAUCUGCCUUUGUUCUUUAUCUCUGUUUUGGAUUACUGUAAUUUCUGGCAAAGCAAUAAAACAAAACUUUUAUAUGA